AUAUAAAAAAAUGACAAAGGAAACCUGCGAAGCUAACGUUUCUUAUUGGUCAUUUCAAACGUGACCGUCCUUCCAUUUUGUUUCAAACGGAAUUCAAAAGUUCGUUAACAGGAAGGUUCGACAUCGUUACUAAUAUUUUCUUUUAUUUUGGUGAGGCGAAUUUGCUUUAUAACUUAUGUUGAUGUUGACAUUUGUACGUCUUUUAUGCAGUAUUUUUUCAGAUUAAAGAAUGAACAAUCAAUCCGGAAAUAAUAUUACCGAUUUCUACAAGAUCGAAAAGAUAGGUGAAGGUACCUAUGGCGUUGUCUACAAAGGAAAGAACAAGAAAACCGGACAAAUGGUUGCAAUGAAGAAAAUUAGGUUGGAAAACGAGGACGAAGGAAUUCCGUGCACAGCGCUGAGAGAAAUGUCCCUGUUGAAAGAAUUGAGACAUAAAAACAUUGUCACACUGUUGGAAAUUAUUAUGGAUGAGCCAAAGUUAUAUUUGAUCUUUGAAUUCUUAGCUAUGGAUUUGAGGAAGUAUUUGGAUAAGCUAGAGCCUGGCAAACUCAUGGAUCCUAAAUUAGUUAAGAGUUAUCUAUACCAAAUAAACGAAGCUAUAUUGUUUUGUCAUCAAAGAAGAGUAAUUCAUAGAGAUUUGAAGCCGCAAAAUCUGCUUAUUAGUACAGAUGGUCUCAUAAAGGUGGCCGACUUUGGCCUUGGAAGAGCAUUUGGCAUACCACUUAGAAUAUAUACCCAUGAAGUGGUUACCUUGUGGUACAGGGCACCGGAAGUAUUGUUGGGAGCUUCUCGAUAUUCCUGCCCUGUUGAUGUAUGGUCAAUUGGAUGCAUAUUUGCUGAAAUGGCCACAAGAAAGCCUUUGUUUCAAGGUGAUUCAGAGAUUGAUCAACUUUUCAGAAUUUUCAGGGUUUUGAGAACACCAACAGAAGAAAUCUGGAAAGGUGUUUCUUCUCUGCCUGACUACAAAGCAACAUUUCCGAAUUGGACAAAAUAUAUAUUGCAGAAGCAGGUAACGAAUAUCGACUCUGCUGGUCUUGAUUUGCUAUCAAAAAUGUUGAUCUACAACCCUGCAGAGAGGAUAUCUGCUAAAGGGAUUGCGAGGCAUCCUUACUUUCAAGAUGUUGAUCUCAAAAUUAAGCCCGAAAUUAAAGAAAAGGAAAACUAAUUUUUU